AUAAAGAUGGAAAAAUGACUACUGUUCAAAAUUGAAGGGGAAAUUUGAUUUUUAAAAGAAAGUUUUGGUGGCGUAAAUGAAUUUUACCCUAUUUUUACCCGAAUUCACUCGCAAAAGGGAACUUUAUUAUUCCCUCCACUUCAGUUCGAUCGAUAGCCCGAUAAUUAGGAUUUACGUUCUCUGAUUUGUCAGCAAUGGAUACCGACGUUGAAAUGACUCCCGCCGGUGAAGGAUCCACCGGUAUGGCGCCGUCAUUAGCGUCUUCUUCUACGAAGAAACCCAAGCGUUUUGAGAUAAAGAAAUGGAACGCGGUCGCGUUAUGGGCUUGGGAUAUUGUUGUAGACAACUGUGCUAUUUGCAGGAACCAUAUUAUGGACCUCUGCAUCGAAUGUCAAGCUAAUCAAGCUAGUGCCACUAGCGAGGAGUGCACUGUUGCUUGGGUUGCAAAUUCAGCAUUUAGGUCUGUUUACUUUCGGGGAUUUUGUUCCAUGAAAGUAAACAUUUUGUACAAGAGAUGACUAGUAUUUGGCCUGUUGCUUGCAAGGAUUGUGAGAGGUUCUCCAACAAGAAUGCUACUAGUUGUUGAGUCAAUACUUGAAACUGAAGGAGCAACUGGUUCUAUUUCUUGCUCAAGUGCUUCGUCUUUUUUAUUGUCCUGUUUCUCUAAAUAGAUUCCAUGUUUAUAGUAGAGCAUACUUCAAGCAAAACCACAACGUUGGAACCAUUUCUUAAAUAGAACAAUGUGUGUUUUGUAUAUUAUCCUGUUGUCUUUUGAAAUAAAAGGACAUGUUAGAGCAUUGCUGAAGCAUUCACAAGACAUCGAAACAUGUGAAUCGUCUAUGAUGUACAGCACUGUGAUAUAGAUUAAGUGAAUAAGCUCCCUUUCCUCAUUUUGAUCAAGUAUGUGAAGUUCAUCUUGGUUUAACUUUCAUGAUUAUUAUUACAUUCCCCUCUUCAAAUCAUGUUUAUUGGUUCUACAAACUCUCUUGGUUUUACUUGUGUGUGCACGUGCCUCCUCAAACCAUGUUUAUUGGUUUGAUAAACUUUGCCCUGGUUGGCUUGGUAUGUGAGUCCUUAACAUGAAGUAAUUCUAGCAUGUCAAUCUUUUAUACUAAGUUAGAUGUAAAUCUAGUUUACUGCAUCUUUUCAUCUGCUUCUCUCCCAUUUAUGUACCUACGUUAACUCUCUAUGCAUUUUGUUUUCGUUUUUCCUUUGACCUUCCUGAUGUUUUAUUGAGGGGUAAGGGGGUCUUUAGGUAUAUUUCCUUAACUACUACUCCCUCUGUUUCAAAUUAGAUGGGUACUUUCUGAAUUUGGAAAUAAUUCAACUUUAAACUUUCAUUUUACC